CCUACACUUUCCCUCCCUAAUCCCUAUUCCCGAUCCCGCAACCGUCACUGACCACGAUCCGCUCAACCUUCUGCUUCCUCCGUGACGCGCCGUCGCAGCCUCCUCCGCCAAUCCUUUACGCCGUCGUCGUUUCCCUCUCUCCUCGCCUUUCCCAGGCAGAAGAUGCGAUGGCACCACCCAGGCUCUCCGGAAUGCAGAAGCAAGUUCUCAGCCUCUACCGAGGCUUUCUCCGCGCGGCUCGCUUGAAAUCUGCCGACGAUCGGAAGCAGAUCGAAGCCGUCGUCUCCGCAGAGUUCCGGCGCAAUUCCAACCAAGUGGAUCGGAAGAACUUCGUCUACAUCGAGUACUUGCUCAACCGCGGCAAGAAGCAGCUCGAUCAGCUCAAGAGCCCCGGCGUCGUCGGCUUAUCUUCUUUCAGUGUCGGUGGUGGUCAGCGAUAACUGAAAUUCAACCAUUCCUAUUUUCGCAUCCCCUACUUCUUGGGUAAUUAUUAGAGGGUUAAAAUAAUCUGCAAUUUUUGUGUUUCUGUUGUACUCUUACGGCACCAUGAAACUUCAUUUGUCUGUUCGAUAUUCAAAGGGAGGAGAAAGAUCCCAUAUC